UAACUCUUCGGAACAGAAACAAACAGAGAGCUUGUGCGUUAUGUCUCUCUCCCAAACUCUCUUCACUCCUUCAUUCAUCUCAUCUAUCAGCAAUGAGCUGCGAAUUCCUCAUCCAAGACCAGUACUCUCAUAUCCACGUACCCAAACAAACCGUAUCCUCUGCGCCGCGAAGCGAACCGGGAAGCGGAGAUACCCUUCCGAGAGGAAGAAGCUGAGAACAGAGCAGAAGGAAGCUGCGGCAAAGGUUAAGAACAAGCUCGAAGGAGUCUGGCGUCUCUCUAAGCUCGGAGUCCCCGUCGGUGACGACCCUGGUAAAGAUUCUCUCGGAAUCUCUGAAGGGCUGCUUCAAGCCAUCGCUAAAGUUAUCGAGUUUCCGGUUGCUUCAAUGUUGCCAGAAGAAGCGUUUACUGUGGUGAGAAAGUCUUUUGACGCUAGGAAGAUUCUGAAAGAAGCUAAGUUUGUGUAUACUGUGGACUUGGAUGUGAAGACGCUUCUUGAGUUAGAGCCUCGUGCUCAUGAUUUUAUAUUCCGGUUAGAGCCCAAGCUUGGGCUUGUUGAACAUAUCUCUCCCGAGAAGACCGUUUCUGGUGACUUGAUCAGUGUAGUUAACGAGUGUAGAAGAGUCAAUAGUGAUGCAGCAGCUGGAGAGCAUGAACCUGUGGUUAUCAACGGCAAUGGAGGAGGAGGAAGAAGCAAACCGAGAGUCGCAGUUGUGGGUGGUGGUCCGUCUGGUUUGUUUGCAGCUCUUGUUCUUGCAGAGUUUGGUGCAGAUGUGACAUUGAUUGAGAGAGGACAAGCAGUGGAAGAAAGGGGACGUGAUAUAGGCGCUUUGGUAGUUCGUAAGAUCUUGGAUAUGGAGAGUAACUUCUGCUUUGGCGAGGGUGGUGCAGGUACUUGGAGUGAUGGAAAGCUUGUUACUCGAAUAGGGAAGAACAGUGCUACUGUUUUAGCGGUGUUGAAGACGUUGGUUCGUUUUGGUGCUCCUGAUAAUAUACUGGUCAAUGGAAAGCCUCAUCUAGGAACAGACAAGUUAAUUCCGUUGCUUCGUAAUUUCAGACAUUAUCUUCAAAGCGCAGGAGUGAAUAUCAAGUUUGGGACUCGUGUAGACGAUCUCUUGGUGGAGGAUUCUCGUGUUGUUGGAGUCAGAGUUUCGGAUUCAGCAGACAAAUUGCAGAGUAGCUCCCAGGAUUUAAAAUUCGAUGCAGUUGUUCUUGCAGUUGGUCACUCAGCACGUGACACAUAUGAGAUGCUUCUUUCUCGUAAUGUGGAGCUGACUCCAAAAGAUUUUGCAGUUGGUUUGCGCGUUGAGCAUCCUCAGGAGCUAAUCAAUAGUAUACAGUACUCAGAUUUAGCAAGUGAAGUUCGUAAAGGACGAGGCAAAGUACCAGUGGCGGACUAUAAGGUUGUUCAAUACGUGAAUGAUAAAGACGAGGAUGUCUCUCAGUCUUCGUCAAAACGUAGUUGCUACUCCUUCUGCAUGUGUCCUGGUGGUCAGGUUGUUCUCACCAGCACAAACCCAAACGAACUCUGCAUCAAUGGCAUGUCAUUCUCUCGCCGUUCAUCCAAGUGGGCCAAUGCUGCACUAGUCGUCACAGUCUCAGCAAAAGACUUUGAUCUUCUCAAUCUUACUGGACCCUUAGCUGGGAUUGAGUUUCAGAGAGAGUUUGAAAGAAGAGCGGCUAUAAUGGGUGGUGGCGACUUUACAGUUCCUGUACAAAGGGUUACUGAUUUUCUACAAAGCAAGUUAUCUGAAACACCUUUGCCUUCAUCAAGCUAUAGAUUAGGAGUGAAGUCUGCAAACCUGCAUGAACUGUUUCCUGCUCAUAUCACAGAUUCUCUGCGACAGUCUCUCUCUAUGUUUGAAAAAGAGUUACCGGGGUUCAUCUCAGAGGAAGCACUUCUCCACGGCGUAGAGACAAGAACUAGCUCUCCUGUUCGGAUACCUCGAAGCAAUGAGACGUACGAGAGCACGAGCUUGAAAGGCUUAUACCCAGUUGGUGAAGGAGCUGGAUAUGCUGGUGGGAUUGUAAGUGCUGCAGUGGAUGGUAUGUUUUCAGGUUUUGCAGUUGCAAAACACUUUAAUCUAUUUGAUGGAGCCAUAGAGUCAAUUAUUGGAAAAGCUCAAGGUGCUGGACUUGUGAAGUACUAAUGAGGAUAUUGAAAAAGAUGAAGUCUCUCCUCUGUCUUUUUUUCUGCAUUUGUUGAGGUAGGAUAACAUCAAUGAGGACUGCUUCUUCCUCUAGAGGUUGCUGCAUCAAAAGCUUAAGAACCGAUACAUAUAUACCAGCCGGAAGAGAAUUUUGCCUUAUAAUUACGUUAGGAGUUGAGAAAAACUAGUGUAUUUUCCAGCGACUUUGUCUUUUAUAUUUUUAUAUUUUUUUCUCAGUGUAUUAUGAUAUUUUACUUCAUCAUUGAUUAGUAUUUCGUCAA